AUGUUAAAAGGAUCGAAAAACGUUUUUGUCGUAAACGAUAAUUCGAAACCAUCGACAACAACCGCGAUCGAAAAACCCCGUAAAAAAUUAUCGUUUAAAGAACCGGAAAUAAUGGGUUUCAACAACAAGAGUAAUAAUAACAAGAGUUUACAGGAAACGAAUUUGACGAAAACGAAAAGGAAAAUGGAAAGAAAAUAUUUGGAUAGGGAAAGGGAAAGGGAAAAAGUUUUGAAUUUGCAAAAGAGAAUAAGCGAAGAGGAUGAAGAUUGGGACGAAUACGAACAAGAACUCGAGGGAAAGUGA